CUUCUUCUCCCUGUAGGAAGCUGCACAAGCCUUGAUUUAUGCUGGGAUGGCAGGGUCAAACUUGGAAAAUAUUCAAGAAAAAAUAAAUGAGUACUUGGAGAGAGUUCAAGCUCUCCAUUCAGCAGUUCAGUCACAGAACACAGACCCUCUGAAGUCAAAACAACAGUUGGACUUGGAGCGUGCUCACUUCCUAGUUACACAGGCUUUUGAUGAAGAUGACAAAGGCAAUGCAGAAGAAGCUGUAGAGUUGUACACAGAAGCAGUGGAACUCUGUUUGAAAACAGCUACUGAAACUUCAGAAACAGGCCUUCAGUCAAAACUAAAACAGCUGGCUCGGCAAGCCCUGGAUAGAGCAGAGGCACUGAAGGAAUCUAUGUCAAAGUCCUCUCAGAGGGAGAAGUCAACUGUAGUCAAACCAAAUCAGCCAGUCAGAACAUUCUUUCCAUUGGGACCUGAUUUUUCUUUAAAUGAUAAACCACAGAUAAUCAGAGCAGUACAAGCAAGUGAAUCUCAAGGUCAGAGAUACACAGCAGAGGAGAUUGAAGUACUCAGAAAGACUUCAAAAAUUAAUGGUAUUGAAUAUGUCCCUUUCAUGAGUGUUGAUCUGAGGGAACGUUUUGCCUUCCCUAUGCCGUUUUCUGAUAAAUGUGGCAAGUUACCAUUAUCUCCCAAGCAGAAAGCAAUGUUUGCCAAGUGGGUGCGACCAGAUGACCUAACAAAUAACCCUACGAUGAUUUAUACUGUAUCAAGUUUCAGCAUAAAACAGACAAUAGUGUCAGAUUGUUCUUUUGUGGCAUCACUAGCUAUCAGUGCAGCAUAUGAAAGAAGAUACAACAAAAAAUUGAUUACAAGUAUAAUUUACCCUCAGAAUAAGAAAGGUGAACCAGAGUAUAAUCCAUGUGGAAAAUACAUGGUGAAACUUCACAUCAAUGGUGUUCCUAGAAAGGUUAUCAUAGAUGACCAGUUACCUAUUGAUCAUAAUGGAGAGCUUCUCUGCUCUUAUUCCAACAAUAAAAAUGAGUUAUGGGUAUCAUUAAUAGAAAAGGCUUACAUGAAGGUAAUGGGAGGAUAUGAUUUUCCUGGAUCAAAUUCUAAUAUCGAUCUCCAUGCACUGACUGGUUGGAUACCUGAAAGGAUUGCUAUGCACUCUGACAAUCAAGCUUUCAAUAAAGAUAAUACUUUCAGAAUGCUUUAUCAGAGAUUUCACAAAGGAGACGUCCUUAUUACGACAGCAACAGGGGUGAUGUCUGAAGAGGAAGGAGAAAAAUGGGGUUUAGUUCCAACCCAUGCAUAUGCAGUCUUGGAUAUAAGAGAGUAUAAGGGCCUUCGAUUCCUUCAAUUGAAAAACCCUUGGAGCCACUUACGUUGGAAGGGACGAUACAGUGAAAAUGACACAAGAAAUUGGACCCCAGAUCUACAAAAAUACUUAAACUUUGAUCCCAGAACAGCUCAGAAAAUAGACAAUGGAAUUUUCUGGAUUGCUUGGGAAGACCUGUGCCAGUAUUAUGAUGUUAUUUAUUUGAGCUGGAACCCAAGUCUUUUUAAAGAAUCUACAUGUAUUCACAGUACUUGGGAUGCAAAACAAGGUCCAGUGAAGGAUGCCUACAGCCUGGCUAAUAAUCCUCAGUACAAGCUAGAGGUCCAGUGUCCACAAGGUGGUGCUGCAGUCUGGGUUCUGCUUAGCAGACAUAUCACAGAUAAGGAUGACUUUGCACACAAUCGGGAAUUCAUUACAAUGGUGGUAUACAAGACUGAUGGCAAAAAAGUUUACUAUCCAGCUGAUCCUCCUCCGUAUAUUGAUGGUAUUCGGAUCAACAGUCCCCAUUAUCUGACCAAGAUAAAGCUGACUUCUCCAGGGUCCCAUACAUUCACCUUAGUGGUGUCCCAGUAUGAGAAACAAAACACUAUCCAUUACACCAUCAGGGUGUAUUCCUUGUGCAAGUUUACCUUUUCCAAGAUUCCUACUCCUUACAUCGUUUCUAAACGGGUUAACGGACAAUGGAAAGGUCACAGUGCUGGAGGAUGUGGAAAUUUCAGAGAGAGCUACAAAAACAAUCCCAUUUAUCAAUUUCAGCUUGAUAAGAGUGGGCCGUUACUAAUUGAACUACGUGGACCAAGGCAAUAUAGCGUUGGUUUUGAACUUGUCAUGGUGUCAACAGUAGGAGAUCCUGGUUCCUCUGGCUUUCAGAAAAAGAACAGCGGUGACUACAGGUGUGGAUUCUGCUACUUGGAAGUGGAGAACAUAGUUGCUGGAGUUUACAACAUCAUCCCCACCACGUUCCUGCCUCAACAAGAGGGUCCCUUUUUCUUAGAUUUUAACAGUGCUACCCCUCUUAAGGUAUCACAGCUUCAGUGAGGAGACAGAUCUGUGCAUUACUGGUUAAGGAAGUAGUUAAGACCUAUGCUACAGCCUGAGAACAGGUGACUCCACCUGCAUAAAAGAAAAUUGCACUCUGAGUAAUAGCCAACAGCAUGGAGCCACAAACUUCUCAAUUAAUUGCAGUAGACAGUUACCUGUGGUGUUGCUGCUCUGGUAUUAGAGUGAGCACUGUACAACAGGCUUGUGAACAGGCUAAAAUGCUUAUACAAAAAUGAACAAGACCGACUUUAUUCAAAAUUUUCACACUUCAAAUCAAAACCUGUUAAGAGAAAAACUAACAUUGAAAUUUUCUUCUCCUCCACUACAGGGUAUAUGGGUUUAAGAUUUUAUUCUGAAAAGUAAACCUGUAAGAAAAAAAAUAUUCUUGUGUAUUGCGCUUAUUCAGUUUCAGGACCAAAAAAGUAGUAAAAGCUGUUUGUGCUGCUGUACUGAAUGUUUCCAGAGUUGAAGCAGUUCUCCCAUCUAAAUGGUGACUUUACCAUUGCCGAGCAUGUAGUAUUCCAUGCUGCCACUAACAUCUUCAGUUUAUCUAUAAUAUGUGCAUAGGAGUAAAGCAAGAGGAGCCUAUGCGAGGACUUGGGGAGUGUUCCAGCUUUAGCUAUUUCUAAGAGAAAACUGAUGGCUUCACUCAUAUUGCAGGUACUUUCAGAGCUGUUAUUUCAUAUCUGUAUUACUUUAAUACAUAAUCAUCUUACAACACAAGGCAGUCUAUGGCUAGUCCUGCUAGCUUUAAGAACUAUUGUUGAUACAGAUCAGCAUUAAAAUCGGGGAGAGUUAACCAGCAGUAGAAUACAUGCAGGAUAACAUGCCAGCACACCUAGCAGGGGGUGAAAGGCUUUCAUCCAAAGGUGCACUGUAAGAUUCUCUAUCUACUGAAGUAGUCUCACUUAUUGAUGCUAGGAGUUAGUGAACUAACCACCACCAGUAUCCUGGCAAAGUAAUAUUUUAUCCCUGUCAUUUUUCUAAGUGCUAAGCAUAAUAGGAAGGAUCACCUAAAACUCUUCCCCUGUAAACUAUACCUGCAACUACUGUGUUUGGUAAUCCAGUAGUACGUGACCACCUCUUUUAAAAGGUACCCUUUUAUAUUACGUUUUCUUUUACAUUUUUUGUUUGUUUUUGAAUAACCAAAUGGCAGACAUGUAACUUCACAGCAUCUGACAGUUUGGGAGAGAGGGUGUCUUUAAAACAGCCCUAAGAUGUUCUUUGUCAUUCAGGUUUGUUUGGCAGUUCCCCAAGAAAAAUGGUAGUUUUCAUUUAUUUUUGAAGCACAGGUGCCAUUUGGAAAUUAAGGAACUGAGCACAUGCUACAAGAGUACCAGAAAUCAGUGUGCUAAAAUUAUUCCUAUAGAAGUCUGCUAUUGCCCCUGUCUCAAAAGUACAAGAUCCUUUUGUGUCAUCUCCUUCGUUAGGCAGCUGCUUGACAAAUGCCUAGCUUGAAAAGAACAUUGAACACUCAGGGUUUUUUUGACUGCAGUUCUCUCAAAGACCAUCUAGGUUAGGAAGUUUGCAACAAGUUUGUCACAGUGCAACAACUUACCUUCUUUUGCGGAACAGUUUCUGAUUAUUGUAACAAAUCAGCACAGGAACAGCAGGCUUUUGGGAGGUAGUCAGGUGCCUCAAAGACUGUUCUCUGCUACAAAAUUAAAUUUUCAUUUACUUCACAACAUUUUCCCUAUAAACGUGUGUUAAGUUUUUAGCUGAGGCUGAACCAGAAUGGCAAUACAGUCUUGCAUGUAUUUUAUCAGCUACAAAGUUAAAGUUACAGAGGUAGUUAAGUAAGUCAUCUAAACUGUGUCUAUUUUGACAGUACACAAGGCAGAUGCCAACAACUGUCAGCUUUCAGAACAAAGUACUUGCACAUCCUCUGCUGCUUGAGAUCAAGCCAGUAAGACUUGUCUAGGGUAAAAGCUGUAGUUCUUCUGUAGUUAGCGUCUACUCUGCAGUAAGCUUUUUUAGAUAACCAAGCACAACUGAGUGCCAAAACUUAUGCUGAUAAUUUGAAGAUGAAACAAGCAUGAAACUUAGCUUCCAUACUGUACCACAAGUGUAUGUUUAGUACAUACUGCAUUGUUUGCAGAAAAAAUGAAAAAUAAGGAAUGUACUCACUUUCCGAAUGCCAGAGAGAGGCUAUUUCCACAAGGCUACAAUAAUACUUCGUCACAAUAGUCAGUGAAUUGGCCUCAUCCCCAUAACUGUAAAGGAUUUAAGCUCAAGGAUCAUUGUCCUUUAUAAAGCAAGUCUUAUUCAAGUAUUGCAGCCUAGCUAAUCUGCUAGAAAACCAUUGUUGUAUGUUUCCCUGCAUACAUAGGAAUGAGAACACUCAGGUACAAAGGAAAUAGACUACCUUUAUAAGAAUAUUUCCUCUUAAGUUUCUGGUUGUGACAAAGUAAUUUUGGAACAACAUUUUCUUGCCCUUUUUUCUUACAAAAAAAAUCAUUCUUACGAUUUAUUCUGCUGUUUUCUGUCUAAAUAGCUACUGCUAUCAUUUUUUCCACAAAUCCUGAGAAAGUUCCUUAAAUUAUAAUACAGACUCAAUAUGUAGGUUGAGCUUUUCUUUGUCCUACACUGCUUAGUGAUUUUGAUCCACAAGACAGAGAAUAUUACAAGCUGAAUUAAGCACUGAAAUGUUGCAUAGCAAGACUUCUACAAAGAAAUAAGGUCUGUGUGUGCAAAAAAAUUGAAAUAGCUACACAAUAACAGAUCAGAUUGUUAAAAAGUCACAUCACCAUACUUCCAGUUAGACAAUUGUGUCAUUCUUGACUCUUAAGUCUUCCCUGCCUGUAACCAUGCAAGUCAAGCUUUUAAACAUUAAAUGCAAAGCUGCUCAGAAUAUACCAGCAAGCAUAUAGCACCCUUCAGUUGUUUGUCACACCCUGUACAGUUCUGAUCAUUACCUAAGCUGCAGAACGAUGGGGAUAAAUGACAAAAUGAAAGCCAGUUGCUACAGGUGCUUUAAGAGGAUUUACACUUUCUUUGCUUCACUAAGGCAAGACUACUACAAAGAAAAUUUUUUUUUUUUGCUUUUCUCUGCAUCCUGGUGCUGAGGGAUACCUGGAGAGAUCCUCUUCAGAAGUUUUGACAUAGUCCUUAUUUAUGCACUGCAAACGUUUUCCACAUAUUUUUUUAACCCUAUCUUGAAGCUCCAUGCAGGAUACAUAUGCUGCUGUUCUAUAGCUCAGGGUAAGAUUUCCCCUGCAGUUUUUUUGUUUUGUUAGGAAGGCAUGGAGUUAGCCCUUAGUUAAUCCAAUCCAUCAGUUCUCAAAGACUUGCUGCGAGUUAGUACAUGGAUGAAUAGUAUCAAACAGCUUGUAUCCCAUCUGCCCCAGGAUCCUAAGAUUCGGUCCUAGUUCUCCAAUGCAAGUUUCAUGUACUUAAUUUGUACAGCAGUUCUGCACCUGACCAUGCCAUAAAUAAAGUGUUUGAAUAACCAGUUAUUUUGAAUUAAUUUUGUGUACAUAGAAUAGCAGCGCUUAUUAUUUAGUUAAAAAAAGGACAUUUGAAUGGUGUGAUAAUACCAAAGAGUAGUAGAAUUCCUGGAUUCACAUUUACUUUAUAGUACAUUCUCACUUCAGGACAACUAAAGUGAUCACAUACAUACACUUUAAUACAUCAGAGGCUUAUUUUUAUACCCACGAAGGCAGCUACCUUCAUGUUACACUUCAGGAUUCUAACAGAAAAGUAACCAGAAAGAGCUUGUUCAUCUGCCUGUAUUCCAGAGUGAUGUAAGUUCAUUUAAGUUUGUCAUAUUUAUCAUUAUGGCCUUUAUGGAAGUUCAAAAUAAAAUGAGUUUUCCUCUUAAUUUAAUAGA